CGCAUGCGCGGCCGCAUGAGGCGGUGCCCGCCGCCUCCCUCCCCGCAGCCGCGGCCGGGUCCCGCCGCGCCCCGCGCCAUGUCGGACCGGCUCGCCAAGCCCUCCUGCCUCAUCGUCGCCAGCGCCGCUGCCGCGGGUGUCUCAGCCCAGUCCUUCCUUCACUGCUUUACUGUGGCCAGCUCUGCUUUUAACCUGCAAGUUGCUACUCCUGGGGGGAAGUCAAUUGAUUUUGUGGAUGUGAACGAGGGCAACAUGCGCUGGAUCCAGGACUUCCGAAUGAAAUCCUACGCCAGCCCCGCCAAGCUGGAGUCCAUUGAUGGGACUCGGUACCACGCCUUGCUGAUCCCAAACUGCCCUGGGGCUGUGACUGACCUUGCCAACAGCGGGUACCUGGCCAAGAUCCUGCAGCACUUCAGCACUGAGAGCAAGCCCAUCUGUGCUGUUGGACACGGAGUGGCAGCUUUGUGUUGUGCCACCAAUGAGGACAAAUCCUGGGUUUUUCAGGGAUACAGCCUGACAGGGCCCUCUGUAUAUGAACUGGUGAGGGAGCCGAAUUUUGCCAGUUUGUCCAUUAUUGUGGAGGAUUUUGUGAAGGAUUCUGGAGCUACAUUCAGUGCCAGCAGCCCCGACGCUGUUCAUGUCGUGCUGGACAGGCACCUGGUGACGGGGCAGAACGAGAACUCCACCCUCCCUGCUGUCCAGAACCUCCUGAUUCUCUGCAAUGUCAGCAGGAAAUGAAGGAGCAGGUCUCUUUGCAAAUGGGACGGAUGAAGAGCCAGCAGGCUGAGGAUUUCCUUGGCUCUUGGAUAAAACAUCCCUGUUGUGGACUGGGAAGUGACUGUGACAGUGGAGUGGCCCUGUCAGGUUCUGUGUGUACCGAGUGGAUGAAGCAACUGUGAUCCCCCCCUUGCAUUUUUGCUGCUGCACUUGCUCAGUGCUUCUCUAGACCCUCAGUCUGCAGGGGUGGGGGAACUGUCUUCUUGAAACCCAUCCCCCAGUUGGUGCUGUGAAUACAAGUGGCUGAAGCUGGAGGCCUUGCUCUGGGCUGGCAUUACACUGAUGCACAGUGUGCCCUUUGUUUUCUCCCUUGCCUCUGUUCAUGUCCUUGGAAUUGUGUUUAAAAGGUUUUGCUCAGCGGAUUUUUACGUGAUCUCACAACUGGUUAUUUGUUCUCCUUUGUGCUGCUCGCGUUGUGGAUUUUGUUCUCUUUAAAACAUUCCUCUCUGGGAGUAUGUUGCUGCUGCCCCUUGCUGGAAUUUCAUGGACAAAAGGGACUAAAAAUGCUGGUAGAUAAUGUGGAUCACAUCUGAGGAACCAGCUGCAGGCUGGAAUCUGGCCUUCUCCUGCCUUCUGAGCUGCACAUGUGGCUUGAAGCUGAGUGUAGAAAGGAAAAACCAGACUGAGAAUAUUUUUUGCAGGCUCAGACACACUAAAUAUAUUGGAAAGUAGAUAAAUUAACUUUUAGGUAAUUGUUUUUUUUUUCAUUCCCUCUUGCAAUAGUGGGCAACAUUUCUACAGUGCUCUGAAGGGAAGGACCUUUGGACUUACAUUUUUGUUUUCUUACUGGGGUAAUAUUGACUGUAACAAGUCAUCAAGUCAAAGUAACUUUGUCUCUUCUGUAGAAACCCAAUUGUUUAGCUCUGUCUCAAGAAUUUGGUGUGAUUUUUUUUUUUUUUAAAGACAAACUGCUGUGGGAUUUGCUGGGUCUUCUACUGUUACAUUCUAGAGCCCAGCUCUAGAAUUUAAUUUUGAAAUGAAAAUUGGGCUUUGAUAGAAAUUAUUGAAUGGCUUUGAUAAAUCUUCAUUCCUGACAAGUCUCCUUAGGGGUUUGAUGCUGACACCUUCAGGGCACUCUUUACAUCUGGAAAGCCACAACUUGAGUGUGAAGUGGGAGUCUGAGUGGCCACAAGUCUGUAUCUCCUUUAGGACUGUUUCCACGGGAUUUUGCCAAAAUCCAUUGCACCUUUCACUGCUUGCCUGUAAAAAAUAGAAUAUUGGUGUCUA